GGUUUUUGUCUGCCAGCAAAGAAAGGAGCUAACCUAAUUAAUAAAUUAGAGAGAUGUGAAGCAAGUCGUUCUGAUCCUGGUGAUCAGGUGGGUCUUCAUGUGCGCUUGCAGAAGCUGCAGGAACAGGACGAGCAUGCAAAGCUGCUGAAGGAUCGUCUGCGCUGGGAGCAGAGAGAACUGCGCACACGGCUGGAGAAACUGCAGGGCGGUUCAGAGAGGAUGCGUAACGAUAGCCUUGGCUCAGCUGUGUCCUCCGAGAGAUCCGACUCUGAGAGAGAGGACGUUGAGAUUGACGUGGAGAGCAUGGUGUGGACUCUGGAGUCAGAUGGACUGGGCUCAUCACAUGCUGGGGUGGACCAUAGCUACUCUACCUCUGAUCACAACUGGUUAUGACCGUCCCAGAUCUACAAAUGACACGGAACGUGAUUAAAUGGAUGAGGGACUGAGGGAAAAUGUUUGAUGGGCUUUACCAUCGUCACCACAGAACAGCCUUAUGUUGCUGCCAUGCUGAAAACAUCAGCCGGAAACAACGUCUAAGCAUGACUGGAAUUUAUUUUGUGUAGUGUAUUCUUUACA